AUGUCUCAAAGGAAGGGCAGACAAUACACGCAAACGACUCUGGAGGUUGACUCUCAGGCCACCACUGCAGAAAAAAAUGACGGUGCUAAAGCUAGCGGCGCCACGGGGCUAACAGAAGACGGUCCUAUCUCACUGGGUACUUUGCGUACGGAGCUAAGAGCGGAAUUUAACUCGUACAGAGACACAAUGCGAUCAUUUCUAAAGGCAGAGAUGGAAGGCCUCACCAAAGAAAUACGCGACGAAAUCUCAUCCCUGCGGGAGACCACCAAAGCGGACAUUAAAACUGUUCACGACGAGCUAAUGGGAAAAGUCGAGAGCCUGUUUUCAAUGCAAAAAGAGGCGGCUGUCACACAGUCGGACAUGGAGCAAUCCCUCAGCGACACUUCUGACAGGCUCACGGCUCUGGAAAACUCCUACCAGACUCUGGCUGCUGACCAGAAGAAACUUAAGGAGAAAUGCAUUGAUUUGGAGAACAGGAGCCGCCGCCAAAACAUCAGGAUCCUAAAUGUUCCCGAAGGGGCCGAAAACAACAUGCCAACCAUAUUUAUAGCCAAAUUUCUGUCUAAAGUGCUUGGUGAAGAAAACUUUGACGGUCCCAUCCUUGUUGAUCGUGCCCACAGAAGUCUCGCUCCAAAACCACGUUCUGGCGAGCGACCCCGACCCAUGAUUGCCCGUCUUCACUACUAUUCGGAUAAAGAAAAGAUCAUGUCACUGUCCCGGACCAAAGGCAAACUUUUCUUUGAAGGAGCACAGGUUCACAUCUUCCCGGAUAUGAGCCCAGAGGUAGGACGACAACGUGUGGCCUUCAAUCAAGUAAAAACCAAACUUCGUGACGCUGGAGUCAAGUACAGAAUGCUCUUCCCUGCCAAGCUGGAGAUAACAGUUGAUGAUUCCAGAAUGACCUUCAUCGAUCCAUGUGCAGUGGAGAGAUUCAUUAACCGCAACAAAUCAUCGUCAUCGGAGGAGCAUUGA